AUGACUACACUUGGAGGCGUCAAAAAUCGCCGUAUUUCUCUUGGUUCACCAAAAGAUUUAAGAGAAGUCCAUUUUUUUGAGGAUGAAGAAGUUCCAGAAGUUCCACCUAAAGGUGCUCGUGUAAAAGUAUGUUAUGCGGGUGUCUGCCUGACUGAAAGAGAAAUUACUAAUACCAAACAAGCUCGUAUUACAGCAGGUGUUAAAGAUACUUCUCUUUUUCCUGGUUAUGAAGUUUCUGGUGUCUUAGAAUCUUUUGGUAGUGAUAUUAAUCCUGAAGAAGUUGGAUUUGCUAUUGGAGAUAAAGUUAUAGUUUGGCCAACUGAAGAGAUGGCUGGUACCGGUUAUGCCGAUUAUUUAACAGUUCCUGAUCUCCAAUAUUUAGUUAAGAUACCAGAAAGUUUAAGUAUGCAUGUUGCUUCAAUUUUACCAGCUGGUGCUACAUGGGCCUUAUCCGGUAUUGUUCAUGCUCGUCCAAUUGUUGAAGGAUUUCUUAAUAGUAAAGGAUAUUGUAAUAUCUUAAUUGUAGGAUGUGGAGGCCUUGGAUUAUGGUUAUUAAAACUCGCAAAAUAUUUUUUGAAAGUUAGUAAACCUGAACAAAAAAUAAAGCUAAUUGUUGCUGAUAGUAAAGAAGAAAGAUUAUCAUUAGCUGAAAAAAAUGGUGCUGAUUUUGUUGUUCAUUGGGAUGAUUCUGAGUUUGAAGAAUAUCUUGUUAUGAGAACUAAAGAUAUAGCAAGAAAGGGUGUUCAAAUUGUUUUUGAUUUUGUAACCUCUCAAAGAUCAGUCACUAGAUCAUUAAGAUGUUUAGCAGAAGGUGGAUUUUUAUUUGUUGGUGGAGUAUUUGGAAUUGAUGUUACAAUGCCUGUUAAAUUAGUUGCUAAAAAUCGUCUUGCUAUAAUGGGAGUAUCUCGUGGAUCAAUUGAUCAGCUUAAAAAAUUAGUUGAAUUACUUGCAGAUGGUCGUCUUGAAGCUCCAGAUUAUAGAGUUUUUCCAAUGACAGAUGCUUCUACUGUUUUACGUCAAUUGUCAAUGUCUGAGUUAGAGGGACGUGCAAUUCUUGAGGUAUGCCAUCCUGAUUCUGCUUUGAGAGAUAAAAUAGUCAAUGAUACUGAAACUGCUAAUGUACCUGCUCAAUAA